AUUAUAUGUGUACAUAUAUAGAAUUCUAGAUGAACUACAUUUUUUAAAUUGACUAAAUAAAAUUUGCUUUAAAUCUAAUCAAUAUCCGAAUUGUGAAAACUGUCCCAUAUAUGAAUUGUGUUACAAAUAUUCCAAUACAAACCUUCUUUAUGUACAAAAUAUGUAGUUAUGGUACUGAUUGAACAAUAAUUAUGCGCUAUUUCUUUUUCGAUUGCCAUAAAAACUAAGCGCUGGUUUGUCUGGAGUUAAAAUGCCUGCAAAGAGAAGUCUGAUAUGGAGUCAUUUCAAAAAUGCUGGCUCGAAACGUGCUAUGUGCAAACAUUGUUCAAAGAAAAUAAGUUUCAAUGGCGGGUCCCUAGGAAAUUUAAGCCGCCACAUGAAACUUCGGCAUUCUAUGAUUCGCUGGCAUGAUACGACUCUUAAUGGUAACGGCGAAGGAAACAUACCAGAGGAUCAAUUAGAGCAGGGCGAUCAAUCAACGCAAAGUGAGCAGCAAUUGCAGGCGGAGCAGCUGCUGCAGAUGAAUAAACGGAUGCCUGCAAAAAGGAGUUUGAUAUGGAGUCAUUUCGAGAAUUCUGGCUCGAAACGUGCUAUGUGCAAGCAUUGUUUAAAGCAAAUAAGUUUCAACGGCGGGUCCAUAGGAAAUUUAAGCCGCCAUAUGAAACUUCGACAUUCUAUCAUUCGCUGGCAUGAUACGACUCUUAAUGGUAACAGCGAAGGAAACAUACCAGAGGAUCAAUUAGAGCCGGGGAAUCAAUCACCGCAAAGUGAGCAGCAAUUACAGGCGGAACAGCUGUUGCAGGUGAAUAAACGGAAACCACUGAAAAUUGACGGGAAAGUAGCUUCAUCUAGUCCCCCAGCAAGCAAUAAUCCAUCACCCGCAAUCGACGAAGACAUGAACAGUAUUUACGAGAAACAAAUUGAGUUUGUGGACGGUUAUUUAACAGAAAGUUCUUUCAUAAAUGAGGAAAUAAACAACCAAGAUAUUUUUGAGCCCAAAUCUCCGAAAAUGGCCUACCACCGAAGAUCACGAAACCGAAAAUUGGAAGAUUUAAAAACCCGCAUAGAAAUACAACUUAUGCGCGCGAAAACUACAUAUUUCACAAAGCAUGCGGCAAAACUCGACAUAGAAUGUUCACUAAUGUUAUUACAAGUAAAAAAACUGGAGUUGGAACUAGAGAAAUUGCGUAAUGAAGCUCAGGAAAAUCCAUUAGCAAGUGAACAAAUGGGGUUUGAAUCCGUUCGUAAUGUAGAACUUUAAAGUCGCAAAACAAAAAGUAAACGAUUAGUAAGUUUAAAUGUAAAUAAUUUCGCUGGAGAUAGUCUUGCUGUAUGUUCUUUAUAUAGAAAAAUGAAUUGUAUAUCGUGUGUUAUUGAUAAACUCAAUAGCGGCUUAACGGAUCUGCUUAUUUCAUUUUGUUUAUUUCUGUAUGUAGAAAGUUUGUAAGAAAAAUUUGGGAAAAUGGUGUUGCCAGAUACCUGAAAUAUCAUUGAAAAAAAUUAAAAUAAAAUUAAAUUUAAAUAAGCCACAAUAA